CGGAUGCAAGGGGUUUUGUAAGUGUCCGGCUUCAAUCUGGGCUGAGUAUGAGGAGAGAGGAUGGCCUGAGGGACAGAUGGCUCAGACCAAAUUGUGGGCCUGGCACAUCAUGCUAGGUAGGACUCUGUCUUGCAUUAGCAGGUUCCAACACCGAGUCCUUUUCUUUCCCUACACAGUGUCCCUUCCAGAAUUCGGGAGUCCAGUUCUGAGCUGGACUCUGCCCCAGUCUGCUUGCAGGUUUUAAAAUCCUCAGCUUUUCUCGGAAGUACUGAGUUCCUCCCCUAGCUCCGAGGUUACCCGUAAAGUUCGGUUGCUUCCUUUAAGCAGGGUGGGGACUACAUUUCCCAGAGGCCCCGAGUCCUCCCUGACGCAGCCCCCCCUAGCGGAGGGAGGUGCGGGCCGGGAGGGGGGGAGGUGACUUGAUGUCAUCCUGAGCAGCUGGGCGGCGGGUGCCGGUGCGCAGCGAGCCGGGGCUCCCGCUGCGCUGCACCGCGCUGAUCUGAGUCCCGGGAUAUCUGCCGAGGGUCGCGUGCUGCCGGGGCCCAGCCCAGAGCCCACCGAGUGCCCGACCCCUUUUGGGGCUGAGCUGGGGGCAUGCUCCAGCACCCCCAGAGCCUGGGAGCGAACCCAGGAGCGCCGCCGCCCAGCCCCAGCGCCCCGAGCGGCAGAACCACCGCUAAGGACCCUUGAACCGUCGUCUCUUCCACCGAGGCAACCUCUAGGGUCGGCGACCAAAGUCUGGGUUUCUGAGAAAAGAGCCAGCGUGGGAACCCUGACUGGAACUCUUCUGGAUCCCCAGGAAAGACCUGAGCCAUUGCCUUUCUACCUUACCUGCCCCCCCAGGACUGGGCAGUUGCCAGAGGCCCUGGGGGGGUCAGGACUGUGGCCGUGCCUCCCCCACCCCCUGAAACAUGCUGGACAGGAUGGGUCCCAGUUAGUGUGUGUGGCCUCAUUCAACUUACUCCAGACCCACAAGGAGCCCCCUGGGCUCUGAAAGAUUGACCCGUGUUGUCCACUGGCCAUGGAGACGAAGCUGCCCCCUGCGAGCACCCCCACAAGCCCCUCCUCCCCAGGGCUGUCUCCAGUGCCACCACCAGACAAGGUGGAUGGCUUCUCCCGCAGGUCCCUCCGCAGGGCCCGGCCCCGUCGCUCACACAGCUCUUCUCAGUUCCGCUAUCAGAGCAACCAGCAAGAGCUCACUCCACUGCCCCUGCUCAAAGGCUAGGAACUCCACUGGAACUGACCCCCAAUCUCCAGGCCUCUGCUGACGCAUGGCCUGACUGGCCUGUCAUCUCUGGAGAUGUGCCAGCCUCUGAGUUGCAUGAGUUGCUGAGCCGGAAACUGGCCCAAUGUGGGGUGAUGUUUGACUUCUUGGACUGCGUGGCUGACCUCAAGGGGAAGGAGGUGAAGCGUGCAGCCCUCAAUGAACUGGUGGAAUGUGUGGGUUGCACCCGGGGUGUGCUCAUCGAGCCCGUCUACCCAGACAUCAUCCGCAUGAUAUCAGUAAAUAUCUUCCGGACCCUGCCACCCAGCGAGAACCCUGAGUUUGACCCUGAAGAAGAUGAGCCCAACCUUGAGCCCUCGUGGCCACAUCUGCAGCUGGUAUAUGAGUUUUUCCUGCGUUUCUUGGAGAGUCCAGAUUUCCAGCCCUCUGUGGCCAAGAGAUACGUGGAUCAAAAGUUUGUCCUAAUGCUCCUGGAGCUAUUUGACAGCGAGGACCCCCGGGAACGUGAGUACCUCAAGACCAUCUUGCAUCGGGUGUACGGCAAGUUCCUGGGUCUCCGGGCCUACAUCCGCAAACAGUGCAACCACAUCUUCCUCCGGUUCAUCUACGAGCUGGAACACUUCAAUGGUGUGGCUGAGCUCUUAGAGAUCUUAGGAAGCAUCAUCAAUGGCUUUGCGCUGCCCCUGAAGACUGAGCACAAGCAGUUCCUGGUUCGAGUCCUGAUCCCCUUGCACUCUGUCAAGUCACUAUCUGUUUUUCAUGCUCAGCUGGCAUACUGUGUGGUGCAGUUCCUGGAGAAGGAUGCAACCUUGACAGAGCAUGUUAUCCGGGGGCUUCUCAAAUACUGGCCUAAAACCUGCACCCAGAAGGAGGUGAUGUUCCUGGGGGAGAUGGAAGAGAUUCUUGAUGUCAUCGAGCCCUCCCAGUUUGUGAAGAUCCAGGAGCCCCUCUUCAAGCAGGUGGCUCGCUGUGUCUCCAGCCCCCAUUUCCAGGUUGCAGAGCGGGCUCUGUAUUUCUGGAACAAUGAGUACAUCCUGAGCCUCAUUGAGGACAACUGCCACACUGUGCUGCCUGCGGUAUUUGGGACCCUCUACCAAGUGUCCAAGGAGCACUGGAAUCAAACCAUCGUGUCCCUGAUCUACAACGUGCUCAAGACUUUCAUGGAGAUGAACGGAAAGCUGUUUGACGAGCUCACAGCCUCCUACAAGCUGGAAAAACAACAGGAGCAGCAGAAGGCCCAGGAGCGGCAGGAGCUAUGGCGAGGCUUGGAGGAACUGCGGCUACGCCGGCUACAGGGGACCCAAGGGGCCAAGGAAGCCCCCGUCCCACGGCCUACGCCCCAGGUGGCUGCCAGUGGGGGUCAGAGCUAGAUACACCUAGAACAGGAGAUGCUAAACCCAGAGCUAUCAGCCCCUCCAUCCCUCUGCCCAGGGGCCCAGUGAGGCCCACGCCUCCCCGUGGCCUUGCCGGAGUGGCUCUAGGACUCCCUACCAGCCCCGUGGGAACAGCUUUCACGGAGGGGGAAACAAGAAGGCAAGAUGGUAGUCUUGGCAGCAGAACUCUCAGGCCUUUGUGGCAAGAUUCUGGCAAGACUAGACCAGGGCAAGUAUGCAACUGGGAAGCUGCCAUCAGGGAUCCUCCCCUGCCCUACACAGCCAGGCUCCAGGCGGCAGCUAGGCCUCUACCCCUGCUCCCAGCCUGGGGCAUGGACACUCAGCGCCUGGCCAGGGCCUUCCUCAUCCCCACCAUGGGGGCACAGUCUAUUUAUUCUGCCCAGCUCACCCCCAACAAGACCUUGUCCAGGGACAUUCUCCUAUCCUCUCCCUGGCCCUGACUCCCUUAUCCCCUUUUUAUUUAUUGGGCAGGGGGAGGGGUGAGGGCACAGGCAAGAAGAUUCACAUUGUCCUGGGGUGAGGGGGGAGGUCACAGUAAUCAUGGUCUGCCCCCUUCACCUGGCUGGGGGCAGAUUUAAUAAAGAGCGAAACUCAA